UCCACGCUUUCGUGCAGCAUCACCAAUAACCCUUAUAAGGGAGUCCAACAAUGUUGCCCAUGCCACACCACCCUUGGCUACAGGACCGGYYGCCCAGUCACCCAACUCRAGCCCUAGUCCAAGUCCACCAGAACUUCAUCUCAGCUUAGCAUCAAGCACAGAAAUGACUGACUCUGUUUUCUCUCAGGGGAAGGAGCGAGGGUACCCUUUGUCAUUUCGGCAGGAGUUUGAGAGGAGGCAGUCUUCUAUGGAUGACGAGGAGAUGUUUGACAGCAUGAGCAUCACAUCUGGAUUUUCUACUGCUAGCGUCCGUGACAAGGAGCUAGUCGUAAUUGACACAAUACGUCACUGGCUCCACCUUUCCUUGAGUAAAACGUUUCGCAGUUGGCUGAAAUACACUCGYCAAAAGAAGCUACUCCGUGAGCUUCUGUAUUUCGCCAAAGAGAAAAAGUCAAAUCAGAUUAUAAGUCAAACCUUUAAACACUGGAGAAGGGAAUUGUUCACCACUGUUGCAUCACGGCAGUUUUGGCUCAACACMACAAAGUUGCGAUGUCUAAGAGCCUGGCAUUCUUAUGUUGAACACCGUCAGCUGAGGGAGAAGUCAUUCAACUCAGCACAAACACUAAACAGGAACAUACUGCUGAAGAGAUUCUUUAAUGCUUGGAGAACAAAGUACACAGCCAAGAUGAGGCUACAGACUAUCGUUGGACAGUGGCAGAAGAAAGCCAUUGUGACAGAGAAGCACAAAGCCAUUGGAGAGAAGAUCCAAUCACAACACAGUCAAAGAGACUUGCGUCAAAGAUUUCAUUAUUGGGUUCUUAUGACACGCAAGAGCCAAGAAGCACGGCAGUUUUAUCUUGAACGAUUGCUUCCCAGAACUUUCAUAGCCUGGCAUCAAUAUUCCUGCACACAUUCUAAUAACUGCAAGAAGAGUGCAUGGUUCAAGGACCAGAGAGUGUUAAACAUGGCAUUCAGAGAAUGGAAAAAAAGAUUUGAAGAUCAACAUAAAGCACAUGAAUUCAUUGAGACUAGGGAAAUUGAGUUAUCCAUUGAAAUACUGAAGACUUGGCAUGAAUGGGCUACAGGUAGAUUUAUUACUUAAUCUUGACUUCUCAUUUGCUUAAUAUAUUGUAACUUCU